AUGCUACACAGGGCAGCAUCUGCUGCGGUUGCUGCUGCUGCUGCUGCUGUUCCUGUUGCUACUGCUGCUGCUCCUCCUGCUAAUACUACUUCUGCUGCUGCUGCGUUGACUGCUGCAGCCUCUGCUGCUGCUGCCCCCGCUGGUCUGACUGCUGUUGCUGCUCCUGCUGCUCCCCGCGCUGCUCCUGCUGCUGCUGCAUCCUCGCUGCUGCAGUUGCCUCUUUGGGGCGUCAGCAGCAGCAGCAGCAACUGCUGCAGCGGCCGCAGGCGUUCGAUCAGCAGCAGCAGCAGCUGUUUCAACAGCAGCAGCUGCUGCUGCUCCCGCUGCAGCAGCUGCAGCAGCAGGUUCUUCACCAGUACCAGUAGCAUCAGCAUCAGCAGCAGCAACAACAACAGCAGCAGCAGCAGCAGCAGCAGCAAGAGCAACCAGAAGGCUGCUGCAGCCUCUGCAGGUGUCUACACAUCCUCUGUCUUCUCCCCUAUCUCCUUGAAGCAGCAGCUGCUGCUGCUGUCCGUCCGUGCUGCAGCAGCAAACGCGCAAGCAGCAGCAGCAGCACAACCAGGAGCAGCAGCAGCAGCAACAGCAGCAGCAGCAGCAGCAGCAGCAGGAGGGGGAUUGUCUUCGUUUGAAUCCUCUACUUAUCACAAGGAGUAUUUGGUGGGCCUCUGCAACGAGGCGCUGCUGCUGCUGCAGCAGCACACAGCAGCAGCAGCAGCAGCAGCAACAACAGCAACAGCAAGAGCAGCAGCAGCAGCAGCAGCAGCAGCAGAUUCAGGUGUCUGUGUAAACAUAAUAUGGCUAGAAGGUGUAGUUCCUCUGCUGCAGCAGCUUGCUGCUGCACCGCUGCCGCUGAGACAGAAGCAGCAGCUACCACUAGUAAAACAUCUGCUGCUGCUGCUGCAGCAGCAGCAGCAGCAGCAGCAAAGCCCUAAUCUGCUGCUGCAGAUGUCUCCACCUGCAGCAGCAGCAGCUGUUGCUUCCCUCGGCGUCUUGGGGCUGCUGCAGGACAUCCUACAUCAGCAGCAGCAGCAGCAGCAGCAGCAACAGCAGCAGCAGCAGCAGCAGCAACGGCAGCAGCAGCAGCAGCAGCAACAGCAGCAGCAGCAGCAGCAACAGCAGCAGCAGCUGCUGCCGCUGCAGCGGUUGCAGCAGCAGCAAACAACAGAGUUUCUGCUGCAGCUGCUGCUGCAGCAGCACUUUGGGGCUCCGGGGGCGGAGGGGAGGCCGCUGCCAUUCUGCGUGCAUGCAAGCACCGUGGAUUUGCUGUCUCCUCGCUCCGUGGCGCGCAUGCUGCUGCCGCAGCAGCAGCAGCAGCUGCUGCAGCAGCUGCUGCAGCAGCAGCCAAAUAUUUCGGCGCUGCUGCUGCUGGGUGUGCAUGCAGCUGAGGUAGCAGCACAGAUGCAUGCAUUCAGGCUGCAGCAGCAGCAGCAAGCGCAGCAUCGAGAUGCCCCGCGAGACCUCCUCCUUCGUUUGUCCCCGCAGCAGCAGCAGCAGCAGCAGCAGCAACAGCAGCAGCAGCAGCAGCAGCAGCAGCAACAUCAGCAGCAGCAGCAGCAAGCGCAGCAUCGAGAUGCCCCGCGAGACCUCCUCCUUCGUUUGUCCCCGGCUGUGCGGCUCCUUGUAGAUGAAGUGACAAAACAUUUCGCGCUGCAGCGGGCAUACUUGCUGCAGCAGCAGCAGCAGCAGCAGGACGGUGCAGCAGAAGCAGGAGCUAUCCUCUCAUCAGAAACUGCCGUUCGGUGCAGCAGAAGCAGGAGCUAUCCUCUCAUCAGAAACUGCCGUUGCCUGCAGCAGCAGCAGCAGCAGCAGCAGGACGGUGCAGCAGAAGCAGGAGCUAUCCUCUCAUCAGAAACUGCCGUUGCCUGCGGCCUUAUUGCUGCUGCUGAGUUUAGCUGCAGCGGAUAUACCACCAGCAGCAACAGCAGCAGCAGCAGCAGCAACAGCAGCAACAGCAGCAGCAGCAGCAGCAGCAGCAGCAACAGCAGCAGCAGCAGCAGCAGCAGCAACGAGGCUUUGCUGCGAGCUGCAGGGGAGGCGCUAGAGGUCCUAAGGCUUUCCGCUCAGCUGCUGCCCAACAGCAACAGCAGGACUAGGGACAGCAGCAGCAGCAAGCAGCAGCAGCAGCAGCAACAGCAGCAGCAGCAGCAGCAAGAGCAGCAGCAAAGGGAUGUCCGAGAGUGUGGGGCUCUGUUGCCGUUGCUGCAGCAGCUGCUGCCGGUGCUGGCGCAUGGAGCUGCUGCUGUUGCUGCUCGUGCUGCUGCUGCUGCUGCUGCUGCUGCUGCAGGAGAACAAGCAGCAGCAGCAUCAUCAUCAUCAACUGCAGCAACAGCAACAGCAGGACUAGGGACAGCAGCAGCAGCAACACCAGCAGCAGCAGCAGCAGCAGCAGCAGCAACAGGUGCUGAGGCGUUCUGUUCUGCUGCAGCAUCUGCAGCAGCAACUCUCCUGCUGCGUCUGCAGCCGCUGCUGCUGCUGCUGCUGCCUGCUGCUGCUGCUGAUGCUGCUGUCUCUGUCUUGUUAUCAGAUGCAGCAGCAAGAAGACAUGCUGCUGCAUGCGAAGCAGCAGCAAUGCUGCGGCUGCUGCUGCAGCAGCAACAGCAGCAGCAGCUGCAGCAGCAGCAGCUGCAGCAGCAACAGCAGCAGCAACAGCAGCAGCUGCAGCAGCAGCAGCUGCAGCAGCAACAGCAGCAGCAGCAGCAGCAGCUGCAGCAGCAGCAGCUGCAGCAGCAGCAGCAGCUGCAGCAGCAGCAGCAGCAGCAGCCAAAUGCAAGCCGCCUGUCCCCUAGAGCAGAGAAACGAUGCACCCGCGCCCUCCUCUCUCUGGAUGAGCUGCAGGGGGACCCUCAAUGGGCGCGAACCCUAGCAGCUGUGAAUUCGUUUAGGGUUUAG